CCAGAAGAAGAAGACCACCGACGACCUGAAAAUCCGCCGUCGGUCGUGACCAACAGAAAAAAGGAAAAACAUUUUCAAGAAAAACGUGAAAACCCCAGCUGUCGCUUGACACGGACACGGACGGGGCCAGCUCAGCGUGACACGCAUAAAGCAGGGCGCAGAUCUCGCCAGGAAAUCUUCUCCCGCUCCUCCCGCUCCCGCUUUGUGUGUUCCCGAAGAACCAGCAACAGGAGCAGCUGCGGCCACCACCAGACAUACCAAGAAUGGACAGAUCCGCCUAGGGGGAGGAUGGAAAAUCCGCCACCGAAACGGAAGCACCAACGAGCGACGACGACCGUAAAGUAGCUAGCCCCGCGGGGUGGUGGAAGAAGGAGCAGUGAAAGAGCAGCGAACGAGGAAAGUGAAACGAGCCCGUCCCCCUUGAAAAGAGAAAGUCUAUCUCGUCGUGGUCCGUGGCGGUCAGUUUGCCAAAGAAGAGUGAAUUUGGGGUCGAUGCGAAUUUGUGCGUGCGUGCGAACGCGUGUGUGUGCCGAUUACGCCGUCAACCCCGAAAUUGCGUUGAGGAGCAUCUUCCCCGUGUACGACGUGCGUUAUCUAUCGCUCUGUCGUGCCACAACGCACUCGGCGGUGUCCUACAUCAGUUCCUCGGAUCCAGCGUGGUGCGUCUUGCUUGGUCGUGAUCGUACGUCCGCGCCACUCCCCGAUAGUAGGCCGUGGUUCAGCUGCGGUGGUUUGCUGUGAUCGAAAUCGAAACGGUUCGCCACAACGUAACGAUAAGCGGAACCGCAUAUCGCAGUAACCAGUGGAAAACUGUGACGGCGCCUCCCCCCGUUACGUGUGCGCGGUCCGGUGGGGUUGGAAGUCGACCCCCACGACGACGUCGAGCAAAACAAAGCUCUCGCGACGUAAUGCGAAACGCUGAUUCCUCGUUGCGUGCCCGUUGAUACCACGAGGUGCGCCUAGUUAACGCCAGUGCGAUAAGACCCCGAACAACGGGUUCAAUGACAGCAGUACACAGGAGAUCCGCUGGCUGGUGUUUUACUUCCGUGCGUCUGUGAUCCGCCGACUCACCUUCACUGCCUAAAAUGUGUACUAUUUGCUGCCUCACGCAAUCCGGUUAAAGCUUUCGCUGACGUAGCGUACGUCUGGUGCUUCCUCCCUCUCUCUCUGUGUGCUCCCCUUCGCCCCUCUUAAACCAGUCCGUGUUCGUGCUGGUGAACUUCAUCAAGGAUUUAGCCAGUAACAACGAACUUUCGCGUGCCGGUAGAUCGAACCUGGAGGAAAGCUGGGUGAUCUAUACCUCGGUCAUCUGGUCGGCUUACUGUUCGCACCGUUGGCCAACUUGGAGGAAGCGGGCAGUGGACUUUGGUCGAAGAUAAGGAAGAAAAUGGAUGGCACUGGGGGCGGUGGUGGUGGUGGCGGUGGCGGUGGUGGCACAAAUGACACCGAGCAAUCACUGGUCACUGGUCCAACGCCUCCUAGCUACGCACCCUGCCCGAUGGCGACGGAUUCGCUCGAUGUGCUAGUAGGCAGUUGCCAUGGUACCUAUCCCGAGUAUCAACCACAAACGACGAGCAACGGAACGUCCUCCGGAGGAAUGCUAAAUGGCUUGCCAACUUCCUAUGGUGGCCGUCGGGCCAUGGUGACCGGGGAAGCAUCGGGUGGCCAGCGGCGGAAGACGUGGUCCGAGCUGAAAAGUAUCGUCAGUGAAACGCGCCGACAGAUGGCCAUCUCGAUGGCGGCUACCUUCCCCAUGUGUGUCAAUUUUCGCACGCUCUCCGAUGGUCGCACGAGAGUGUACUUUCUGAGUCCACCGCCGGCCAACGGCUGGGAUACGGUACUGUUCUACACCGAUGUGCCGGCCCGGACAGCGACCAGCAACGGUAGUCGAUCGGAUACGCAGCGAGGUGGAGGGGACAGCGAAGGUUCGAUGCAUGACGAGUCGCAAAGCCGGCUAAUGGAGUGGCACCCACUGCUGGAACCGGUGCUCGGUCACCUAUCGACGAACAAUUCGCGCGAGGUGCAGCUGCUGCUCGAACGGAAGCGUCUCUCGAUCUGGGGCAUCACUUCGUACGAGCUGCACAAAUCGAGCGGCAAGAUUGUCUUCCCGGCAUGCAACACGCUUUACCAGUGUCUGGACACCGGUUACGGGGACAGUAUGCUGUUUCCGUCGGAACUAAGGAUCUUCCAGCGAGCGGCCGCCAUCGAUCCCCAGAUCUGUCCACACAACUCCGAUUUGGUGGGGUUCGUUUGCAACGGUGACAUCUGGGUGGUGCACACCCACAGCGGUCACAGCGAGCGCCUAACGUAUGCGCAUGACGGACGACGCUCGUUUGCCGAUGAUCCACUGACUGCCGGUGUUCCGUCGUACGUGAUGCAGGAAGAGUUUAGCCGCUAUCAAGGGUUCUGGUGGCAGCCGCAAAGCGACGAUGAGAUCUAUCGCAUCGUGUACGAAGAGGUUGACGAAAGUGACGUUAGUCUGUACACGUUCCCAUCGUCCCAAUCAUCUGGACGCGAUCACGAAGAGUACCGCUUUCCACGGGCCGGCACACCAAACGCAAAAUCGAAAUUAAAGCUCGUGCAAUUCCGAUUGUCGGAGAACCUGCGCAUCACGGAUAUCUGCAUCAAGGAGCUCCAGUGCCCACUGACGUUCGCUUUUCCGUGGCUCGAAUAUAUCGUACGCGUUGGCUGGACACCGGAUUCGAAAUAUGUUUGGGCGCAGCUGCUCGAUCGUCCGCAGCAGCGUCUCGAGGUGGUGCUGUUGCCGGUGGAUAACUUUUGCGAGAUUUACAGCAGCCUAUCCUCAUCACCGAACUGUGGCACAGUAGGAGGUAAUCAUACUGCUGCUAAUACUCAUCAAGCGACCACGGUGCCAUCGACACAAUCGCAACAGCAACAGCAGCAACAGCAGCAACAGCAGCAGCACCAGCAGACGAAUGCUCAAUCCUCUACCACGGGUUGGCGUUCGCCGCUCGAUAAAAGCACUCGACCGAUGCAGGUCAUCUACUCCGAAACUUCGAGCAGCUGGGUGAACGUGCAUGAGCUGCUGUACUUCAUCGAACUGACCGAUCAGGACGUCACGUUCCUGUGGGCUUCGGAAGAAACGGGCUUCCGCCAUCUGUACUUGGUCACUUCUAGUCUCGCUGCCGACGGCAGCAACAGUAACACCAGUACUAUCACCACUAGCACCAACAACAGCACCACCGGGAGCAGUAGCAACAGUCACAGUAGUAGCAAUAGUAGUUGUAAUAGCAAUACUAAUAGUAACGCCAGUGCUGGCAGUCAUCCAAGCGUUAGUGUCACUCCUGGAGCGGUCACUCAACAGCAGACUGUUGGUGCCGGUACUGGUGCGGAACUGAACAGCAAUAAUGUCUCGAGCGCGCAGAAGACGACAACGGAUCACAGAACGCUUCCCUCGAUAGACGGUAUCGGUAGUACGCUGAUGCCACGGAUCGUCAGCAAGGUAGCGUUAACGGCGGGCCGCUGGGAAGUGUUGGGGCGCAACGUAUGGUACGAUCGCGUGCAUCGGCUUGUCUACUUCAUGGGACUUCGGGAGACACCACUCGAAAAGCAUCUGUACGUAGUAGCCCUUGCACAACCGAACGUACUCCGUUUGCUCACUAUGCCCGGUUACUCAUUUACCGUCGAUUUCAAUGAUGACUGUACGAUCUUUCUGCAAACGUACUGCAAUAUCUACACGCUGCCAUCGUGGGAACUGAUUAGGAUAAGUCAUGAUGGUGCCGAGACAGAACCAGGACGUCCGCCCACCACGGGCGUUCCGGUUUCGGUGGAUGCACUUGAGCUGAUCUCAGUGGGCUACCUGGGUGAGGGUGGACCGUCGGAAAAUACUCAGUACAAUCCGUCCAUCCACAGCCCGCGCAUCUCGUCCGGCGAUGUACUGUACGCGAUGGUGUUCAAGCCGCACAACUUCACGCUCGGCGUCAAGUACCCGACCGUGCUGAAUGUGUACGGUGGUCCGGAGGUGCAGACGGUUAGCAAUACGUUCAAGGGUAUGCGGCAGCUGCGGAUGCAUAUGCUUGCCUCACAGGGUUACUGUGUGGUGUGUGUGGAUUCCCGUGGCUCCCGGCAUCGAGGCGUCGAGUUUGAGUCGUACAUCCGGUGCCGUAUGGGUACGGUGGAGCUGGCCGAUCAGGUCGAGGUGCUACGCAUACUGGCCGAUCAGCUCGGCUACAUCGACAUGGAUCGGGUGGCCAUACACGGUUGGUCUUAUGGUGGUUACCUGAGCUUGAUGGGUUUGGUACAGUAUCCGGAUGUAUUUAAACUGUCGAUCGCCGGUGCCCCGGUGACUAGCUGGGAGUACUACGAUACGGGCUACACCGAGCGCUACAUGGAUCUACCGGACAACAAUCGGUCCGGUUACGUAGCUGGCUCGGUGCUCAACUACAUCCAGAAGUUCCCGGACGAAGACAACCGGCUGCUCAUCAUUCACGGAUUGAUCGAUGAGAAUGUUCACUUUUACCACACCUCGCAGUUGGUCAAUCGAUUGGUGCGUGCCAACAAACCGUACCAGCUGCAGGUGUACCCGAACGAGCGCCACUCGCUGCGCAAUCUGGAAGCGAGUAAGCACUACGAGACGAAGCUGCUUUCUUUUCUGCAGAAUCACCUCUGAGCAACGGCACCAAGACCCCGGGUGAUGGCCUCGAGAGGAUCGCGAUUGCGGGUAUGGCUUGUACGCACCGUUGGUGGGUCGUGCUGUUUUGGAUACCGCCGAAAUGCCCGCCAUCCGCCUGCCUCACCCACGGUGUCGUGUUCUUCCUGGAUGUCCAGCUACUCAUCGUCUGCUGUUGCUGCUGCUGAAUCUCGGUCACGCUUCACACCUGUUGCAGAUUUGAUCAGAAGAUGGCGCCUGUUUCGUCUCCGACCACAAUUUGGCCAGCACCACAAGCAAUGAUCAUUGUACUUUGGCGAAAACUCCUGUCCUGCCUGCUAGUGCUACUGUAGUUACAUAUUUCUCCUCCAUAUAUAUAUCUCUCUCUCUCUCUCUCUUUCUCUCGCUCGUUUUCACAAUGUAAGCUAUAAUGUGUUAACGAUCGCGCUUGAUCCUGAGCGAUAGUGAGAUUUGUGAGUUUCGAAAUAUUUAAAUCGAGAUUAAGAGACGCUGACACUGAGUCUUCCGGGCUCCGUGGAGCUUUCGCCGUUGCACUGCUUCAUUAGCAAACAAAAAACAGAGCAAAUCAUCCUGCUCAUUUCGUCCCGUGCAAGUUUAUUGUGUGAAUGCUAGGGUUCUUUUGAAGAAGUAGUCAGAUUUAGGCUAGUGUUGCUCGUUGAUUCGUCUUUUAUUCGUGUCUUGUCUAAAACUUCUUUUCACAAAUUUUAUUCCCACCCAUUCUGUUGAUAAAAUCCGGUACGAUCACGAGCGGAACCAGCUGGCCAGCGUGUUGGCUAGAUCCGUUUGGUGUUUUGUUUUUUUUUAAUGUGUGUCUUGGUUGUUGUCACGGCACACGGGUCUGCUGCUGCAGCUGUGCCAUUCACUGCUUGUAUGUCCACCACCCCGCGUCGCCGUGUUUCAUUGUUAUCUUUUAUGUGUAGAAACUUUUAUAAGAAAAUAUAAACGAUUUAUAAAUAUAUCUGAAA